AUGACUUCACUCCAAUUUUUCCUCGCAGCUUUCUGGGGAGGUAUCCUUAUUCGGCCCGCUGCCGGCAACUGGCUUCUGAGACGAGAGGAGCAAACCACCGUCAGCCAGACCAAAGCACUCCCGCCCUGCGUCGACGAUGACUAUCAAAUCGCUUGGAAGGGCCACAUCUACCGCACGUUGUACGGAGCUCAGGUGGAGGGUGACACUCCCACCAGCUGCGAGGAAGCUUCAUAUGCUAGCAUGCCCGAGAACUACAGCGUGGCGCCGGACGAGUCCAUCAUCGUGUCUCACGUCAUCGCGGCGCACAAGUGGAACGUCUACCGCGUCUGCCUGGAGACCAACUGCUACAGCACCCAGCACUCCAAAGGGGGGGAGUUGUUGAACCCCGGGAAGUUCUGGGAAACCGACGGUGCUGGGAAGUUCAAAGUGAAGGAGGCCUGUGCUGGAGACAACUACCACCGCUUACUGAUCCGCCAGGAAUGCCAGGUGGCCCCGGAGGGCUUCAGGAAGUUCGCCUUCUCCAAGGGCUACGGCACCACGGUGUACUCGGAGAUCCCCCGCUUCGCCAACGAGGCCUCCUACGGGGAGAUCCUGCAAUCCGCCAAGGAGGCCUGCAAGGCGGACCCCGAGUGCCUGGCCUUCGACAUCCUGAGGAGUUUCAGCAAGGACAAGAACCCGGACUUUCGCAGCAAGGGGCAGACGUGGGCCGACAAGAUCGACGCCUCGCCGGACGGAUACGUUGUGUACAGACUGCAUAAGAAGGAUGCUGGAUCAGACUUCACAGUGGAGGAUGAUAUUGACACGGAUUGGUAUGCGACAGAUAGAGAUGCGGAGAUGCACAACUUCAAGGCGUCGCCUCUGCGGUGUAUGUGGCGCAGCGGCUGGUCCUGCGGCUUCACGUCGCGGGUCUCGGUGCCGGUGUCGACGACUGCGAGCUCCAAGGAGGAGUGCGAGGACCGGUGCCAAGCCAGUCAGGUCUCUGAGCCGGUGAAGGGCUGUUGCUCCUACAGCGCCGGGACCUGCAAAUUCGGGGAGGGCGCCGAGUUCGACGCGGCCACGGAGGGCUCGGACGCGGCGGAUUGCUGGCUGGAGGUUCUGCCCACAACAACGACGACAACAACCACCACGACAACAACCACCACGACGACUACAACUACGGAGACCACAACCACGGAGACAACCACCACCCUCACUACAACGACAACUACCAGCACAAGCACGACAACUACAACAACCACGACUACAACGACUACAAGCACAAGCACGUCGACCAGCACAAGCACGAGCACCAGCACGUCGACGACAACUACCACAACCACCACGACCAGUACAAGUACGUCGACCACGACAACGACCACAACAACUACAACUACCACAACAACGACUACAACGACGACGACCACUACCACGACGACGACAACUCCAUGGAUAUCGGCGAUCCAGCCUUCAUGCAUCACGGUCGACAAGGCGACCGAGAUCACGUUCAUCGGGGGAGAUCCUGGUGACAAGGUCAAGUUCGAGGUGGACUGCGAUUCUCUCACAGAUGACAACUUCACCAUACUGCAAGAAGGGAAAGCAGGAGCAAAGGCCGCCUUCUAUCCAUCCAAGGAGGGUGAAGGCUUCCUCUUGUGCUACAAGCGCGGGCACGAGGCCGUACACGGGGAGCACCACCUCACCUUGGACGUGAAGGGCCCCACAGGCACCGAUCACAUCAGCGCGAUGAGCCCCACUCUGGUCAAGAGGGAUGAGGCGGCCGACAUCGAGCUGGACGGGCCAGCCAAGACUGCUGGGAGGGUGUGCUUCUCUCCAGACUGCAGCCUCUGCCCUCAGCUCUAUGACGGGGAGUACCCAGCGGUGCAAAUCCCGGGCACGGUGACCUUUCUGAAGGAGGCCAACAAGCUGCACCAGGUGGCGCCCGACAAGGAUGACAACGAGUACAAGAUUUGCUAUCAGGAAGACUUCAGCUGUGAAUGGGUCGAGCAAUCGGGAGGGCUCAAGCUCCGCUUCGACCCACACGUCAAGAGCCUUGAUCAGAGCUGCAUAGCAGCGAAUAGAGAUGCGACGAUCCGAUUCACCGGCGCGUGGAAGGGAGAUCGCGUCGAAUUUGCAGAAUCCUGCAAUGACAUGACAGAGCCGGACGAAGUGUUGAACGGAGAAGGCAAGCGAGCCAUGUGGUACGCAGGGGAAGCCCUGGAUGGCGUGAAGCUGUGCUACAAGCCGGAUGCUUCCGAUGCCGUUCCGGGGUACGUGGCGACGGUGGCCGAGCAGGAGAAUAUCCUUCUGUACAUCAAGAAGGUGACGCUGAAGAACGUCAUCACCUCGUUUAGCCCCAAGACCGUUGCCGGGAACACGGAGAACACCAUGUACUUCUGGGGCAAGUGGCAGGUCUUCGAAGGUCAGCCGCAGGCCGGCGGCAAGAUCUGCUUCGCGCAGGAGGUGACGGGCUGCACGCCCUGUUUCAGUGGUGUUCGCCCAGCCUUUGACAUCACCGUGACUGAUGAAGUGGUCCCUGGCCCGCUCGGCAAGAUCUCAUACCGCCCGGACGGGGUAUCCCACGACCUCAAUGAGAUUGUGUGCUACCAAGCCCCGAACAGCUGCCAAUGGGUGCGCCAGACGGACAAGGUCCUAGAGGUCAUCAACGGAGAGGUGCCGCCAGCGACCGCGCCAAACACCGUGUCUUCCAUAUGGCCCGCAGCCGUCAACAUCAAUGUGAUGACCUCGCUCACCUUCAAAGGUGCAGCGCCUGGUGACAAGGCGAUCUUCGUCUCGGCAGAAGGUGGCGCGAAUUGUGACAAUGUGCGGCCGGACAAGGAAGUCGGCUUCGGAGAGGGCCUCUUUUCCUUCUCCAAGUUGGGAGUGUACCAUCUUUGCUAUAGAGCUACGGGUGCACAUGACUCGGUGGCCCAGAUGGGGUUCAAUCUCACCGUCCGCUCACCUGGUGUCUCCAAAGACAUGAUGAUCAGACCCUUCGAGGAGAAGGGAGGGAUCUCUGAUUGCUCGGCACUGCAGAUGGUGCCGCACUGCUCCAUGAUGAACCAGGAUCUCUGUGAAUCUUCUUACGUGAUCUACAGAGGAACUGGCUACAAAUGCAGCUGGAACAAGGAGAUCUGGCCUCCUGCGUGCGAUCUCGACAAGGCCAAAGCGCCGCAGAGCGAUAUCUGUCAGCCCUCGAAGUGCCCAGGAUCGCCUUCGCUCUGCUGGUGA